AUGAACUUUUCCCCACAAUUAGGAUUUCUGGCCUAAAAAUUUUAAGAAAAACAAUAGAAUAAUAGGAUUACAAAAACUGAUUUAGAAUAAAUAUUAGAAACUGCAAAUUAUAGUUUAUAUGAUAUUUAGUCUUUAACCUAAUAAAUUAAUGAAGACGAAAUAAGUAAAAGUAAAUUUUUAUAUAGCCUAUAAUUAGUUUUUGUCGAUUGUGGGAGUUUCUGAAAACAAUCAUAAUAUAUAAACCUAUUAAUAAAAUAAUGGAUAUGAAAUGGUUUCUGAAUAUUAAUAAAAGUUAACAUCUGAAUAAUUACAAAAUAUUUAUGAUGAUUACAAAAUAGCUUUAAAAAACUAAGAUUUCGAAAAAACAAAGUUUAUUUUAAGUAUCUAAAUAUAUAAAUCUAAGAUUAAUAUAGAGAUAUUGAUUUAGUUAAUAAAAUUGAUCCAUCUUAAAGAUAAAUCUCAACAUACAUAGCUGUUUAAGGUCCUGAUGAUAAUAUAGCAUUAUAAACAUUAGAAUUAUUGUUUGAUUUUGGCGCCAACUUAAAUUAUAAAGAUUAAUUAGGCCAAUCAAUUUUAUUUUAUAUUUGCAGGGAUGGAAGAAUAAAACUUCUUGAUUUUGUAUUAUCAACUAAUACUGUAAAUGUCAAUGAUUAAGAUCGAUAUGGAUAAACACCUCUUUUUUAUGCUGCAAGAGAUAAUAGAUAUGAUAUUGUAAUUAGGUACUAUUAUUAUAUAAUUUAGAUUAAUAUAAUAUGGAAUCGAUAUUAAUAUUGUUGAUAAACUUUCAAAUUAAACAGCUUUAUUCUAUGCAGCCAAUGGAGGACAUGUUGAAAUAUGUAAAGUAUUAAUAGAAGUAAUAUAAUAAUAAAUAAUUUAAGAAUGGAUGUAAUCCUAAUCAUGUGGAUUCAUCAAAAAAGAAUGCAUUAUUUUUUGCUAGAAAAUAUAAUAGAAAAGAAGUCAUAGAACUAUUUAAUAACUAUUUUAAUAAAAAUAAAGAUGAUAUGUCUAAAAAUAGUGGAGGAAAUGAUAAUAGUAAAGGUGAAGCACCAAGAUCAUAAUAAUAAUAAAAAAGGAAAUUUAGAGAUCUUCCUAAAUAGUCAUACAAAUUGAUAUUUACUGAUAAUUAAGGAAACUAAAGAGAAUUAAAUUCUAUUGAAUUUUAAAAGUUUCAAUAAGAAUAUCCAGAAGUUGCUAAUCUAAUUGUAAAUGCAGAUGAAUUGAUAGAUGAUACAAUUAUUAAUUAAAUUAAAGAUGAUGAUACAUGGGAGAAGAUAGCCAAAAAAGUAUUAGGUAUUUUUUAAUAUAUAUACUAUAGGAAUUAUUUGGAAAUCAAAAGGAGCACACUUAUUUCAUUAACCUGUUGAUUAAAAAAAGUAUGGAAUAAGUGAUUAUUAUGAAAUAGUGACAAAGCCUAUGGAUUUUGGAACUAUUAAAGUAUAUAUUCAUAAAAGAUUAGAAUAAAUUACAUUCAAAUGUUUAUAGUUCUUGUUAGGAAUUUUAUGAUGAUGUUAUGUAAGUUUUUGAAAAUUGUAUUUUAUACAAUGGAGAAACUAGUGAAGUAGGUUAAAUUGGAUUGAAUAUAAAAUAAGAGUUUGAAAAUCAAUUAGAAUUGACAUUAUUAAAAAAAUAUUUAUGA